AUGUCGAAUGUGCUAUUCGCAAAGGAAAUCGAUGAGAAAUACCAUCGAGACGGUAUCAGAGCCUUCUCUCUACAUCCCGGAGGCAUUCACACCAAUCUACAAUCGCAUGUGCGCAUCGGUACCAAGAUAUUCUGGGCCAUUGUGACGCCUUUCUUUUUCAAAAACAAGGAUCAAGGUGCCGCCACAUCUGUUUUCUGUGCUGUUAGCCCUAAGGCGCUGGACAAUUCUGGAGAAUACUUCUCAGACUGCAACGUGGAGAAAACUGCUCACGAAGAUUGGAUGAAUGAUAAAGCUCUGAGAGAAAAGUUGUGGCAAACAUCCGAGAAGCUCACAGGAGCGUUUGUUAGCAACAAACAAUAA